AUGGCAUCAUCUCCAAUCUCCCCAGAGACAUUUAAGGUCCCACCCACCCCUCAUUCCCCAAAUUCCAAAUUCCCUGUCAUUGUGUAUAGAAACGCGCUGGAGAACAAAACAGUUGAAGGCGCUUUAGAGGCGAUCAACACCUCGGAGUGGGUCAAAGGGGGUCACUGGAAGAUCGCCAACGAAACACUCGCAGCUACCCCCCACUAUCAUUUGACGACACACGAGGCGUACACUGUCUUACAUGGCAGCGGCACAUAUGUUCUUGGAAAAUCUCCUUUGGACGCAGACACCGAUGAGUUCGGCAACCCUGUGGGCGUCGAGUUUGUUGCUCGUGCUGGGGACGUCUUUGCAUGGCCAGCAGGAGUGACACACUUUGUUAGGGAAUCUGAGGAUGACUAUGAGAUAAUUGGGUUUUAUGCUUUGACGGGGUUCAACUCAAGGGAAGAACCUUAUGAUAUGGAGUAUCCAUUAGAUUCGGUUCAGGAAACAGACGAGAAACGGGGAAGGUGCGAGAAGGUCCCUGGUCCGAUUAAGGAUCCGUUGUACGGAGAAGGAGGGCCGAUGCCAUCUCUGUGGAAGAUGAAUGAUGCUUGA